AUGCACACUCUGAAAGUUCCUUUCAUCGUCUCUCCAGCCUCAGCCUCGUCCCCUUCCACCUCCUCAACGUCGUCGACCCGGCUGGGGGGUCUGGGCACCACAGCCAGAGCACCCUCUGCUUUGGCGGAGGCUGCUAAUACUGGCCCAGCCAUCGGAUCAUCGUCCGGGCAAUUUCGGCAGAGAGUCUUGGGCACCAGUGACUCCCCAGUCCUCUUUAUCCACCGUCCGGGCGCUUCGGGGACUGCGAAGCGACUAGAAUAUAGGGGCCGAGUGAUCACCAACGAGCUUGUGGAAGAAGAGGACCCCAAGCCCCAGCAACAGGGUCUUGCAUCUCCUCAGGCUGAACCACCUGCCCAGCCUGAGUCCCAGCCUGAGAACCAGCCUGAGAACAACCCUGAGCCCCAGCAGGCCAGAGCAUCAAGCCCGGAGCCCAGCUGCUGCGGCCUGUGGCCCAGGAGAUCCCCACGCUCACAGAACUGA